AGCCGAUUGGCUGAUCGCGUCUCGCAGAGCAAUGUGAUUGGCUGUCAGAUUCCAGUCCCGGAUCCCUGCUGCGGCUGAAGCGAUCUCGCGUUUGAAUGGUGGCAGACGGAGGGCCGCGUCGAUGUGUUGUGAUCUUUGGCGUCUUCCGAAAGAUCAAGGCGGGUCAGCACGAUGAAAUUAGGGGAACGCUUUCGGAGGACAGCGAGCGUGAAGACAUCGUGCUGCGUUUAGGAUUAGAUGAGCGCGCGCGAGCUCUACCAGCCCAGUUACUCGAGCGGACAUUGCGUGUGAAUGCGGUGACAGUCAACAGCGUCCUCCCACCCUGCUUUUAUAUAAUGGAAGAUCGCAUACAGAUAUGAUGUUCUGAUGCAUACGGGAUAACAUACGGGAGUUGGAAACGGAUCAUACGGGUUGAGUUGACUUCGCGACGCCUCAGCUCAUCCCGAGACUGUUAUUUCUCGCCUCUGGUACUGUGAAACUGAAGCAAUGGCGAGGUACACGGCAGUCCGGGCUAGAGCCGUUUGCCCUGCUUUCAACAGCUAGCCUUCCGCGGGUGGCCACCGAACCGACUCUAGUAGGACUAACUGCGGCAACGCGAGCUCCGCGCAGGUGCUGUCUGUACGAGGAGAAGCUGGCGGCGCUCCGGUUAGAGUCGGAGGAGAAGGAUCUGGGCGCCAUGGCGUGGGUGCUGAAGAUGGACGAUGCGACCAUCGAGUCCGGGCUCGUUCACGACUUCGAUGCCAGUUUGUCGGGCAUCGGGCAGGAGCUCGGGGCUGGCGCGUACAGCAUGAGUGAUGUGUUGGCUCUGCCCAUCUUUAAGCAGGAAGAUGUUAGCGUCCCUGUGGAGUCUGACACCAAGAAUCCUCCGUUUCAGUAUGUGCUGUGUGCCGCCACCUCCCCUGCUGUGAAACUGCACGAGGAGACGCUCACCUACCUAAACCAAGGCCAGUCUUAUGAGAUCCGAUUGCUUGAUAACAGGAAAAUAGGGGAGAUGCCCGAACUCAACAACAAAACUGUGAAGAGUUUAGUUAGGGUGGUUUUCCAUGACCGAAGGCUUCAGUACAUGGAGCAUCAGCAGCUGGAGGGUUGGAAAUGGAAUCGGCCUGGCGACCGCCUCCUCGACAUCGAUAUCCCCAUGUCAGUUGGCAUCACCGAGCCCCACACACACGCGUCACAGCUAAACGCCGCAGAGUUCCUGUGGGAUCUUUCCAAGCGAGCAUCUGUGUUUGUUCAGGUUCAUUGCAUCAGUACAGAGUUCACCCCACGGAAACACGGCGGAGAGAAAGGAGUUCCGUUCCGGAUCCAGAUCGACACCUUUAAACAAAAUGAAAGCGGAGAAUAUACUGAGCACCUGCACUCUGCCAGCUGCCAGAUCAAAGUCUUUAAGGUGACGUCACAUGCAUGCAAGCAUGCAUCAAAUACAAGGAAAUGUAUAUUUGGUUACAGACCUCAGCCAAAGGGAGCAGACAGAAAACAAAAAACGGACAGAGAGAAGAUGGAGAAACGGACUGCGCAAGAGAAAGAGAAAUACCAGCCCUCUUAUGAUACCACUAUUUUGUCAGAGACUCGAUUGGAGCCUGUGAUUGAGGAGGCUGUGGAACAUGAGCUAAAGAAAUCCAGCAAGCGGACACUUCCUGCAGACUGUGGAGAUUCCAUCGCCAAAAGCAAGAGAGGAAGUUGCUCUCCAUGGCCAGAUAAUGCGUACGUCAACCCCAAUACAGCAGCUACACCGACCUUCACCUCCAGCACAAACACCUACAGCACUAGCAGCACAGUACCAGACAGUGAGUCCUCUUCACCUAACCACCAAGGGGAUCUUGGUAGCCUCAUGUCUGUGGAGUCUCUGAGUCCCACAGCCUCUAUACAGGACACACAGAAGUGGCUCCUUAAGAACAGAUUCAACUCAUACAGUCGUAUUUUCACCCAUUUCUCAGGUUCUGAUCUACUGAAAUUAACUCGUGAGGAUUUAGUCCAAAUUUGUGGAGCAGCCGACGGAAUCAGACUCUACAAUGCACUUAAAUCAAGAGCGGUGCGUCCCAGACUCACAGUCUACGUGUCUCUGGAGGCGUCUCAGAGCGAGAGCCCUCUGCUGGGGAAACGGGGCCACUGCAAAAACGGCGAACACAGCAGUCCCACAUCCAUACCUGUUUACCAUGCUCUUUACCUUGAGGAGAUGACCGCUUGUGAGCUUACUAGGAAAAUCUCCAGUGUCUUGGCGCUGCCGCUGGUCCACAUCAACCAAGUCUACAAACAGGGGCCGACAGGGAUACACAUACUACUCAGUGACCAGAUGGUUUAUAACUUCCCCGACGAGAGCAGUUUCAUCAUCAGCACAAUACAAGAUGACACCACUGAUGGAUUUCACCUCGUUCUGAAGUAGAGCUGCUGACAUCACAAGGCUCCAUACUGCCGCUCUUCGAGCGUCGAGCAUGUUCCCUCCAUCCUCCUCUCUCUUCCUUUCCUAAUCUCUCUCUCGUUCUUCGGAGAGAGACAGAGAGAGCGAUAUAGCCGGGGUUGGGCAGGGCCUCCUAACUGUUAGAAUCUGACUUCAGUGUGUAAAUUGUUUCAUAUUGAAAACACUUAAACUGAUGCCAGUGUGUGCAAGCGGUGGGCUUUUACGUAUGUGUGCGAGUGAGUUUUUAAAGGUUGAAUCGGGAGGGGAUGGAGGUGAGCGGAAACCGCAAGGAAGUGAGGAGAAUCGUGACCACUUUUACUUAAGCGUGGAAGAAUCCGAGCAUCCGGCGCCACGAUACGGCUGCGCUCAGACUCUGUCCUCGCUUUGCUAGUUUUGAACGUACAGUACCUACUUGAGUUUGUUCGCCUUUUAUCUGUGAGUUGUCAACCGUUUCACUGCCUGCCCCUUCGGACGCCAUCGGAACCCCUCGGUAGAUAGUAACGACCUCUCUUUCAGUUGUGGGGAAACGCGUCCUGACUUAGGCAUGCGCAGGACGUCUUUAUGUCUGUCUGGAUGAAAUAAUUCCUUGAGUUUGAGUUCGGUUGUGAGACUUGUGAGACGUUUUGGUUGUAUCCUACUCUCGUCAGUGCUGAUAUCGUUUUCCAAUUCCUCUCUCAAGACCAAUCGUUUCUGGUGCCAUCAUUUCUGUUGACUAUAUUUUACUUUGUGCUAAUCCAGUUGAAUUAAGUGUCAGAAAAAUAGAAUUAAAUAAUGGGAUUUUUUUUAGAUUGUGAUGGUUGUGCUUCAUAUUUUCUGUGCCUGGGAACUAUUACUGCCCUUUAUAGUAGCUCCUGGCACGGAUUAUAACACGAUUAUUGAUAAACGAGCACAAUCACGAGCCUCCAUUAAUUACGUUUCCCUUAAUGCCUUUGCAUUCUUUUAUCUUGUAACUUUUUGGCCUAGGAUAUGAUGUUGACUGGUGCUUUUUUCAAUGCACAUGUGGUUUACCGUCAGCUGCUCCAGUUAGAGCUAGCCGUCAUGGCUGUGGUCAGCCGGCCUUUUUUUUUUUCUUCUUCUUUUUUUCCUCUUUCCUGAAUAGAGACUGACUCAGUAGUCAUGUAUCGGGCAGCUGUGCUUUGGCAUGUACUGUGCUUAUUAUUGCCACUUUAUAUAGAGGAGCAUGGUUGUAAGAAUGUUGACUCCUUUUAACUCUCCACAAAAAACAAACAAAACAAAAAAAAUGAAAAAGGAAUGACCAAGUCUGCACUGAAACCGAAACCACAAUAAAAUGUCACGCCGUUUGAUACCUUGCUGUCGUUGGAUGCUCACUUAGACUUCUGGUGUACGUGAUGUUUCCAGGUUGAACAAAUGAUCAAAGUCUAAAUACACAGAGAGGUGUGUUGUUCUCUUCCUCAGAUCGUCGGACUGUCCUCUGCGUUUCCGUGAUGAUGAUCAUGGUGCCCUCAUGUCACUGUCUGUCUAAAGAAGCCUCUCUUCCAUAGGGGGUGCUGAGAUGUACACAAUUAAUGCCUGUACCAAAAUAAAAAUAAUUUUCAUA